AAACGAGACAAAUCAUUUGUCAAAAGUCGAAUACGAUACAAAUCGUAAUUUGCUUUGCGAAAAUUUAUAAACUAUAAAAAAUGGCUAACAAAGUAGAAAAUAACUACAAAGUUAACCCAGAAAAAGUUCGCCUCGAAACAGACCAAGGUAUCGCAGAGAGCGAAGAAAGAAAAUGGGGAUUGCCUUUGAAAGAUGUGUACAAACAUGGACUCGCUUUUUAUAAAGAUAAGGAAGGCAAAGCACUCCAUUUGAGCUAUGAAGAUAGAUUAAAACUGGUUGCUUACACCCAGCAAACAUCUCAUGGGCCUUUAGAUGUUAAUUCUGCACCACCACUGGGUGUUCUCGAUGUGAUUGGGAGAGACAGAAGGGCAGCCUGGCAGGCUUUGGGACAGAUGUCUCAAAUACAAGCCAUGGCUGGAUUUAUACACACUUUAGACAGAUUGUGCCCACUUUUCAAACCAUAUUUGGAAGCAAUUCAAAAGGAUUUGGAAGAUAAGAAGCAACAAGAGUUAAAGAAAGAAGAAGAAGAAAGGGCGAACUUGGAGCUGCAGAACAGAAUAAUGCUUGAAAAGCAGAAACAACAGAGCACCAAAGUAACAGAGGAACAACAAGUGCAACUAAUAAAAGAUGCUCUGAAUGCGCAAACAUACGAACAGUUCCUACAGUAUGCCCAACUUCAAUACCCAGGCAACUUCGACCAGCAAGCGAUACUCAUUCGUCAGUUACAAGACAAACAUUAUCAGCAAUACAUUCAACAGCUUGCUGUAGACCAAAGACUUGCUAACUCUAACAUAAAAGACGCUGCGGAUGACAAAGAGAAUGAUAAUGCAAAUGAUAAGGAAAAGGAAGUUAAGGAAGAACCGGUAACGGUAACUGACUGCAAUCUGAAUGAAACUGAGGGUGUCACUUCAACGGAUAGCAAGUCUAUGCAGACUUCAGAAAAGACGGAGCCUAAUGAUUACAUAGAGGAGCCCAGAGUAGAUGAGAACACAGAUGAUGAGGAAGGAUUCCUAAGCGUGGAGGCGGUCCGCAUGUGGACUCGCGGCGACAUCGUGAAGUUUAAGAGCUCAGCGGCGGAGGGCGGCGGCCGCCUCACCGUGGGGCACGGCGAGACCAUCACGGUGCGAGUGCCCACGCAUCCCCGCGCUAGGUGUCUCUGCUGGGAGUUCGCUACUGAUAACUAUGAUAUAGGUUUUGGCUUGUACUUCGAAUGGAGCAAGUCACCAACUACAGAGGUGACUGUCCACGUGGCUGAGAGUGAUGAAGAGGAAGAAGACGAAGAAGAUGAAUAUCCUAUUUCAGAUGGCACAUUCCACGAGUACACGAUCCACGGCACCCGCGUGGACCCCGAGCUGGGCGGCCACAGGCGCGGCGCGCGGCCCGGCGCCGGCGCCGCGCGCCCGCUCGCCAGCCUCGUCGUGCCCGUCUACCGCAGGGACUGCCAUACUGAGGUAUAUGCGGGAUCACACACAUAUCCAGGCGAAGGCGUAUACUUACUAAAAUUCGAUAACACUUACAGUCUAUGGCGAUCCAAAACCCUUUACUACAAAGUGUAUUACACACAGUAAACAAUAUUUAAAGCUAUAUUAGAGCCAUGACAAAAAUAUAUGGAAAUAUUAUAAUAAUAUAUUAAAUUAUUUGAUACUAAAUUAACAUCAGAUAUUGUACGACCAGUAUUUUUGUGGAGUUCAUUUAUCUAAGUGAUAUAGUCAACACAGCUGCGAACAAAUAUUGUAAGGUUUGAGAUUAUGGACUGGUUUGUGUUAAGAUCUCAUGCAUGGGCUUGGAUUUUAGCCUCGUAAAGGUACUCGCGAACUCGCUCGCAGCAUUCUUACUGCAGUGAUUCAUAAGUAGUUCAAUUGUUUAAGAGUCUGACCUCUGCAUCUCAAUAGGCAUCUAUUACUUGCUAAUUGACAUGUACCUUUAAUUAUGAGACAGUUUCUCAUUCGAUUUGUUGGUUUGGAGUAUAAAAAUCUCACAAUAUUUGUUCGCUGUAUACAUGUUUUCAGUGCAAUAUUAUAAGCUUGUUUAGCUAAUUUAACAAUAUAUUAUUAAGCUUUUUAUAGACGAGACACGAUAAUGCUUUUGGUUGAAUUAUUAUGAAGGCAGUUUAUUUAGUUUAGCUGAUGUAUACUUAUUACUAUUAUGUAGUUAUCUCGUCUGUUCUAUUUAUAAGUUUACGCCACAAAUAAUUUUAAGUAGUUUCCAAUUGACCAUUACUUAUGUUAGACUGUGCAGGAAGCACAUUUUUAAUUUGCAUUUCAUUAAAUGUUAGUGGAAGUAGAAUGUUUAUUUAUUUAUUUUAUUUGCUUAUUCGCGUUCAUAAACUGUAAAGGAUAAUAUAUCAGUAGGUAUAAUGUGUAUGUGAAUUUAUAUUAUGUGUAGGUACAGGGUGGCAAUUAGGUUUCACACUUAUUAUAUCUAGAUAUUUUGAAAAUAUUGUUUGCAAUAUUUUGCGACUACAAGAAUGUUAUGAGUUUUACUACCAUAUAAUACUACAGUUUGACUUGGAUAUUGUAAUUGCCACCCUGUAAGCUAUGUAUGACGCAAACCGGGUUUACAGCUAGUUCUAAUAUUUAUUCUGUGCCAUUAUGUUUAUGGUUUAGGUUAGUACUUAAACUAAGAAUGUGUUUAUCUUUUACUCAUGAUCCCAGUUUUAUUUGUGAUCUUUAUUUUUAAGGAACAUUAUGCUGAGUUCUGUUAACUACCCAUAUUCGCAAAAACUUAUUCUAGAUAGUCAAAUGAUUUAAGUGUCUGGCCUCAUUGAUUCUAUAACUUCACAUAAGAUGAUAUAAAAAAAAUCUGUGAACAGUGUUGAAUGUCUCCUAAAAAACUUUCACUAGAGUGUAACACAUAUUCCAUAUACAUUUAACAGUCGUAGAUCAAUCUGUAGCAUAAAUGUUUAGACAUAAUUCAGUAACAUAAUGCAUGUUUGAUGUUCGUUGUAUUGUAACUUAAAACAAAAUAUCUCUGGAGUUCCUAUUUGUUUGUUAGAAAAUCAGUAUUUUAUUCUAUAAUAAUCUCAAGCUAGGUUUGCGGUUACAAAUCUCGCAAUAUGAUUGCUAAAUGUAAAUUAAAAAUUAACUGUCUAUAGUUAAAGAUGAAUGUCUAUGUUUAAAAAAUCAUGAAAAAGAUAGGUAAUUUUGCGUUUUUUUUUCUAAAUCAUCUAUUGUGUUAUGUUAUCAAACUCCUGUCAGGCAUAUCAAAAUCAUUGUAUUUUUUUAUUCUGAUGAUUGUGGCUCAUGUUGAUGAUGGGUUAUUGAGUAGCUACAUCAUGAGCCAUUAUUAGUGUAGACUGCAUGGCAACAUCAACGGAUCCAUAGAUUCUAGUGCGAAAAGACAGGGCUUUAUGUAAAGCACCAUCUGAUUCACUUUUAUUAUACAACAGCCCUCUUAAUUCUGAUUUAAUGGUUUUAGACAAACAUUUGGACCUUUUUUCAUUUGUUCUCCCGUACCUGAUAACAUGCAUCAAGCAAUAUCUUUUUGUGAUCUUAAAAUGAAAUGUGAAUUAUGUUUAUUUCCCCUUUUCAAGUUAAUAUGAAAAGUUUUGUUGACAGAAUUAAAAAUACCUUUUUGUUUCACGUUUAUACUUGAAGAAGUCAAUCGUUUAUGUACAAUACUGGAUAUAAAUAUAUAUUACACGUAUAAAUUAAAA